UUUGAGGGAGAAGCCUUUAAACUAUUCAUUAAAACAGUCAGAUAGAGGUAGAUUCUACUUCCAGUCAUCCUGAGCUACACCUCAGUUUCAGGUUGGGGAAUUACUGCAGACCUACCUACAAAGCCCUGGCUGUUCACUAAAGGGAGAUCCUGACUGGAUGACAACAUGUCAAAUAUUGCCUUGAGAAAAGCAUCUCCUAGAAAUGAUGUGAAGACUACUCCUCUGGGGACUGCACUGAGACAACAAGGUUUUCAUGAAGUGAACAAGCGAAGGACUUUCUUACAGGAUAGCAGCUGGAUAAAGAAACGCCCAGAAGAAGAAAAAGAUGAAAACUAUGGCAAAGUGGUGCUCAAUCGACAUGCUUCCCAUGAGGCUUUAGACAGGAGCAAAAAUGAAAGGGAUGAGAAGAAAGUUACAAUUACUCGGUACGGAUCCGAUGAUACUUUAGACAGGAUUUCAGACAGAAAUGAUGCUGCUAAAACUUAUAAGGCCAAUAUCCUGGAUAACCGACUAACUAAUAGAGGUUUGUCCACAUUCAGAACAUCAGAAGCAACAAAGCCGCUACCUGGAGUUUCUUUGAACACCAGCACCGCUACAGGCCCUACUGCUACUACCACACCUGUCAUAACUCCUGUAAAGAAAAAGAGACAAUCCUGGUUUCCACCACCACAUCCAGGGUAUAAUGCCACCCGCAAUGCAGCAGGAAGCAGAAGGGAACCAAGUGCUCUGCCACCAACACUUCCAAGACCUUAUUCUCCAGUUCCAUCACCUCCACAGGCACGACAGGAUAAUAGAAACCAAGGUCUGGAUGACAUCAUCAGAGUGGAUACUAGUAGACAUGACAAAGGAAGUCAAGACCUGGAUAAUCUCAUCAAAAUGAACAGAAACAUGAAUAAGAACCAAGGCUUGGAUGGCAUUUUCAGAACAAAUCAUAAGGCAGAAAGAAUUGAUAAAAAAAAUCAAGAGCUUGACAGUCUCAUUAAAGUGAAUCCUCAAAUUGAGAAAAAUGACAAAGGAAAUGAAAAGCUUGACAAUAUGAUUAAAGUGAAGACCAGGAUUGAAGAAAAUGACAAAGGAAACCAAAAUCUUGACAAACUCAUCAAUGUGACCUCUCAUAAAGACAAAGAUGACAAAGGAAACCAAGGACUUGACAGCCUAAUUAAAGUGAAUCACACAGCAGACAGAAGUGGCAAAAAAAACCAAGACUUUGACAGCAUCAUCAAAGUGAAUGCCAAUGCAGAUAAAAAUGGAAAAGGAGAUCAAGCUCUGGAUAAUCUCAUCAAAGUGAAGCCUAAUCAGAAUGAAAAUAUCACUGGAAAACAAGACCUUGAUAGUGUCAUCAAAGUAAAUACUGAAAGAAAUAAAAACACCCAGAGAGGUCAAGAGCUUGACAGUUACAUCAAAGAGAAUCCUUCAGCAGACAGAAAUAUUCCAGGGGGCUCAAACCUAGACAACCUAAUCAAAGUGAAUCCUGCAACCCACAGUCAUAGCCAGGGGGCCCAAAAUCUUGAUAAUCUCAUCAAAGUAAACCCAGGAACAGGAAAAGGUGAUCAGGGAAACCAAGACUUGGAUAAUCUCAUCAAAGUGAACCAACCAGCAAAUAAACCUACUCCAGGGGGAGAAGGUCUUGAUGAGUUCAUCAGUGUGAACCCCAAUGCUAUCAAAAAUAUCACAGGACACCAAGAUCUUGACAAUUUCAUCACAGUUAAUCCUGAAACUCUCAGAAACAAUCAGAGAAACCAAGAUGAUCUUGACAAAUUCAUCAAAGUGACUCCUGAAGUUCUCAGAAGUAAUCAGAGGAGCCAAGAUCUGGAUAGAUUUAUUAAAGUGGAUCCAACAACUUUUAGACACAGCAAGAGAGACCAGGACCUUGACAAUCACAUUGAAGUAAAGUCCAAUGGAUAUAACAAGAAGACUGAAGGAGGCCUUGACAGUCGCAUAGAUGUAAAUCCCCACAUAUACAAUAAUGCAAAGCGGCUAGAGGAAUAUACUAAUGAAUCUACCAAUGCCCGAAACAACCAGUCCAACAUAAAUACAGCCUACUCUCAUGAAACGAGAACAUCUCCCAGCUUUAAUACUCGAACCAGGUACUCAAGUCCAAAGGACAGUGUUGUAUACACAAGGACAUAUGUGGAGAAUAGCAAAUACCCAAAGGAUGGCUAUGAAGAAAGUAUCUCUGGAAAAUAUAUACAAACAGUUUAUUCAACCUCUGAUAGGUCUGUCAUUGAAAAGGAUAUGUGUACCUAUUGCCGAAAGCCCCUGGGCUCAAAUACUAAAAUGAUCUUGGAUGAGUUACAGAUUUGCUGUCAUUCAACUUGCUUCAAAUGUGAAAUUUGCAAAAAGCCUUUGGAAAACCUGGAAGCUGGUGAUAGUAUUUGGAUCUAUAAACAUACUGUACACUGUGAGCCUUGCUACUCCAAGGUUGUAGCCAAGUGGAUUCUAUGAUUCUGACACAUGGAAAGCAAGAUGAAUACCAUUUGUUGAGAACAUUUAAUUCGUUAAGGAAAGCUUUUUGGUUAAAAAUACUGAAGAUUGAAAGAAUCUUAUAUAAAAUUGCUAAUUCUGCUAAGAAUCAAAUAGUCAAUGCAUAUACUAAUGUUAGUCAGAAAAACAGAACUAUUCCAUUUAAAGCAGAUUUAGAGAUCAAAAAUUAAACUGUCUACCAUGUUCUCCAACCUUGCCCAAAAUGACAUGUGCCAUAACAAUGAUGCUUCUGAUGGUUAUUAGCAUUGACAGAGUUAAGGACGGCACUUCCCUUUCAGGCUGAGUCAUGGCUUUUAUUUUAACUUUUUUUGUGUGGGCCUAUUGCUUGGUUUUUAAUUUGCCCAUCUUUAUUUUUUCAACCCUUUAAUGAAUGUGUUAUCCUCUUAAUUUGUAUCACUGAUGUGAAUGAAAGGAUAUUUUAAUAAGUCUCUCAUGAAAUGAAGACAGAUAUUCCAUGUCCACAUGUCUAAAUGACAUCUACAAAAAACGUUUUGAUGACUUAAUUUUUGACAAUAAUUUGGCAGCAAAGUUUAAUAUAAAGGGCACAUUUCUACUUUAAAGUUAAGAAGGACCUAUGAUUUUUUAUUUAUCAAAAGUCUAAAGAAAUAUUAUCUUGGUAGCUGAUUUUAUCAAGAAUAUUAUUUUUGUAGAUUGUUUUAAGAGUCAAAGGGAAUAAAUUUUUGGGUGAAUGAUAAAACAAUAUUAAAUGUUUACUUUGUAGGUAGUACCCUUGUUAUAUUUUUCUCUGCAUGCUUUUCAAAAUCUAGUUAAUCAGACAUUCAAUGACAAUGGUUAUAGACUACAAAAACACUUUCUUUGGUGUGCCACAUAUAUUCAUAUUGUAUAACACUUUGUAUCUGCAAAUGACUUAUAAAAAUAAAUUGAAAUGGCUGUUAACAAUAAACCUUUUUGUUGAGUGUGAUAAUCAGAUUCAUUUACCAACGGAGUAAUAUACUGAUUUUUUCGAGCCAAUCAGUACAUAUUGAUUAAGCUUUUAUUAUAUGCCAGGCACUUUGCUAAGAUCCAGGAAUACAAAGAAAAGCAAAAGACAAUAUUUAUUCCCAAGAAGUUUACUAUCUAAUGAGGGAGACAAUAUGUGAAUAAUUAUGUAUAAACAUAAUAUAUAUAAAAUAAAUUGGUGAAAAUCAACAGUCAAAGUACUAGCAUGAAGGGAGGUCAAGAAAGGCUUUCUGUAAAAGGUAGAUUUCAGCUGGGACUUGAAGGAAGUCAGGGAGAUCCAGAGGCAGAGGUAAAGUAGGAGAGAAUUACAGUGAUCAAGGUGCGUUGUUUUAUGUGGUGUGACCAAUGUUUUACUUAUCGAGUUUUUUUCAGUGUAUGGAGGGUCUAGCUGGUUUUUUAUGUUGUGAUGGUUCAUUUUUAUUUUUUGUUUUUGUUCUUUGUAUGUAGCUAUUCUAUAAGCAUUCAGAAGUGUUCAGGUUGAAAUCCAAAAAGAUAACAUUUAAAAGUUGGUUUUUACAUUUACAAUGAAUAUUCCUUAAAAUAAGAAGGGCUCAACUUUUAGGGAAUACCAAGGAAAGGCCAAGUAGAGAAGAACUGAGUUAAGAAAAACUCAAAAGCUAUCUUAGAAAACUGCCAUAAAUGACCAAUUCAGUAACAGCCAUCUGGGUUAUGAGGAGGUAUUGUCACAUCUGCAGGAGACUAGCUUCAAAAGAGUUAAGUCCAAAAUGACUAACAAAAUACAAUAAUGCCAUAAUAGUUGUCCUUUGGAGAAGGAGGAGUCUGAGAAGGGAAUAAAUAAUAAUUCCAUGUUCAUUAAUUCACAUUCCAUGAGAAGCCAUAAUUGAGCCAUGUGUUGUAUUGUUCUUUUAUUAUAUGGUAUCCAAAUGGAUAAAAAGAAAUAAUUUUGUCAGACUUGAAACUCAUUAUAGGAAAGGACAGGAUGCAGCAGAUUCCCUGCUUAAAACAAAGUUAUAUUAACAUGUAAAUACAUUUGUAGCAAAAACUAGCCUUUUAUAUUGCUUUUGUAUA